AAAUCCUCAAUGCUUGUUGUAGAGGCAGCUCAAUGGUUGCAACGAGGCACGGCGUACGCGAGGAGUACGUACGUGCAGGAACGCCGACCGCGGCCAAAAGAGGCGCCACGGCGCAAAUCAUGGUGUCCACAGCGCGCGCGCGCACCCGAGCACUGGCCCAGAUGCUAUAUAUACCCAUGGCCAGAGGUCCUACUGGAUGGCCGAUGCGUCCUCCUCCUGCGUCUUCUUCAGGAUCGAACCGCAUCUCGCUCGAAAACCAGCCGGCCAGGCAGCCAUCCACACGCCUCGCGCGGCAUGCUGCCUCACGCCGAGGUGCCGGCCAGUAAGGCCGCGGCCGCGGGCAUCAAGCUGUUCGGCAAGGUCAUCACCACGCAGCAGCAGCAGCACGCUGGAGCCGCCGGCGCCGCCGCGGGGAGCGCGCCGCCGCCGAGGCUGCUGCAGCAGGCGGCGGCGUCGGGGCGCGGGGGCGCCGACCUGCUGGAGGAGGCCGCGCGGGCGCGCGCCGCGGCGGCCGAGGCGCGGCUGCCGUGCCCGCGGUGCCGGAGCCGGGACACCAAGUUCUGCUACUUCAACAACUACAACGUCAACCAGCCGCGCCACUUCUGCCGGGCCUGCCACCGCUACUGGACGGCCGGCGGCGCCAUCCGCAACGUGCCCGUCGGCUCCGGCCGCCGCAAGAACCGCCCGGUGCUGCCGCCGCCGCCGCCGCCGCCCCCGCCCCCGCCCCCGGCGCCGCACGCAGGCGACGCCACGCCCACCAGCGCCGACCACGCGGUCUCGGAAUCCGGGUCUCCUCCUGUGUUCACGACCGCCUCUGGCGUCCCCUACCGCGGCUCGCCCUUCCACCUCGCGCCUUCGCCGGCCUGCACCGCCGCCGGCCUCCCGGAGACGGCGGGGCAGUACUGGUGGCUCGUGGCGCGUGCCGCGGCGCGUGCGGUUGCGCCGGACCGCGCCUUCUGAUCCGAGGAAAACGGCGCGUCCUUUUUUUUUGGCGACGGCUCGCUCCUUUCACGGAUCGGGAAGGAACGAGCCUGGCCGGUUGCGCGGGUGAAUAGGGUAGGGGUUUGACCCGGUGAGGACGCUCGCCGAGUGCUGGAGGAGGCAGGAGAGGCUUUUUAGGUGUAACCGUGUGGUCUUUGCACAGGAAUCGAGGUGUCUGUUCUGAUUCUUUUCUUUUGACUUUGCAUCGAGCUUGUGGUGAAAGCUGUUCUGACCCUUACGCCCUGUGUUUAGAUUUUUACCCGUAAACCCGUAAAUAAAAAAACCCGUCA